UUGGGUUUUAUCGAACCUCUUACCGAGUUGUGAAGUGUGGCUGUGGUAGUGUGGCUGUGGUUCCAUUUAUCUCCUUCAAAUCAAUGCUUCCUCUGUAUUCUCCUUCACUUCACAGUAAACCACCAUUAUCGCUGCAACCAUUUUCUCUCACAAGUUAUAAGCUUAAAACACGCAUUUCUGAAUUGCUAGAUUCUGGCGACGGCGUUUGCAGGAAGAAGAACACAAACCCACUUCGUAAUUCUUCUUCUUCAUCAUCUUCCUGUAUUGUUUAUGCAGUAGAGAACGAGUCACAGCAAUUUGAGGUAGACCCAGAUAAGGCCAGAGAAGCCCUUAAAAAUCUUGACCAGCAACUUCAAUCCAGCUCCCAAACUAAAUUCCGCCCUCCAAAGGAAAAGGCACCGGAUGUGACUUUUUCAAGAGACCGAACAAAAGAUGAACAUGUUGAGGAAUUUUCAGGAUCGUUUUUUGCAAUCACGGCUGCUGCAGUCUUUGCUUUUACCGUUUUCUAUAAUGUGUUAUUUUACACUGUUAUAAAACCAUCUAUAGAUGGACUUGAGGCAGCUCCAUCCACGGUUGUUCAAAGAGAAAUCCUAAAGGACCAGUUUUGAGCCGCCACCAGAAAUUUCUGUUCAAGAUGGAAGCGCUCAAUCGUCUUUCAGCUAAGCUUAUAAACAGGUUCUGGUUUGAAUUUGUAUGAGAAUAUGUUCACAAAUAGAAGGGGGAAGAAUUAGUAUGUGCUUGUAAUAAUGUUAAUAGUAUGAAUGUGCAACAAUAAUUACUUAUUAGUAUUACUUAAAGAAGAAAAGGACUCAAUGACCAUGGCACUAAAACAUGCUCUACAAUUCUACAUAUAUUGUGAGUACCAUGUUGAUACUGA